AUGGUCACUAUGGCUGACCUCACUCAUGACCGUUCGGUCGAUCCUGAUGCUCAGGCCGCCGUCACAGACUUUCUUGACUACACUGAAUAUCUCCCGGCCGACCUCAUUCGCUCACUCACCUUAAUCCGCGGCCUCGACGAGACAUAUCAAUCGGCCUCCGCAACCUUAGACGAUCUAACCAAGCUCUAUGGCUCAUUACCAUCUCUUGCUCCAGCAGCCCGGCCAGAUCCUCAAGACCUGCGUGAGAAGAUUUCCUCUCAGCUAGAUGUGGCUUUGAAUUCUAGAGACUCGUCCUAUGCGGAGGCAUGUCGACUGUUCGAUGUCGCCGAGAGACACCAGAAUAGGUUGAAGAGCAUCAUAGCCAAGUUGAAUGCCAUUCCAAAACCUCCUUCCCGCGACCCAACUCCGCAGCCUCAACCAUCAAUACAAAUCAAACGCUCACGCAGCGGGAGAAAGAUUGAGAACGGUACGUCAACUAGACUAACACUGAUUCCUCCUCGGGGCAAAGCUGCGGCUGCUGCAAUCCUCAAGAGACCGCGUAGCCGCAGAAUCACCGUGCCUGGUGAAGUAAUGCCUCCCUAUGAUCCGGAUUCACCCAUUGCAAGCACCGAGGUAUCUGAUUGGGAUUCUCCGCCACCCUCGCCCCCCAAGCCAGUACUGAAGCUUAAGCAGCCGAAAACACCAGCAUCAGCACCGACUCAACCUUCUAGGGACAAAUCGACAUCAGCCAUGGAAAAGGCCCGUCAGGCCCGUGAAGCAACUGAGCUGGAGCCUUACCACAAGCCCACGCCACCUCCUGGAGAUGCUGAGAUUGGGAGUAGGUGGAAGCCCUGGACACAUCUAACCGAGUAUGAGAUGUACAAGAUCAGGAAAAGAAUGAAGAAAAACCUGAGUUGGGUGCCUAGCGAUGUCAUGAUUCGAAGGGAACUUGCCGAUAGCGGCCGAGGCUGGGAGAACUAUUAUCGAGCCAAAGCCCUUGCGGAAGCCGAAGGUACAAAGUUCGUUGAUCUGGACGGUAUCGAAAGGACGAUACCCAAAGUAGAGAGAGGUGAAAAAUCUACAAAGUUGGAAGCGGUUGAGAGCAUUGAAAGCUUGGAAAAAAUAGACAAAGAUGUCGAGAAGUCACCCGAGUCGGUCACCCAAGCCUCUUCCACCUCAUCUUCGCCAGAAACGCAAUCGGAAGAUAAAGCGGAGGCGACCCGAGUUUCAACCAUUGCGGUGUCUCCUAGCAACGUUACACCAGUUCCCAAACCCAAGGCUGCAAGGAAAGCUGAACCCAAAAAGGACAAGAAGGAUGUGGUUGCCCAAUCCAAAGCGGCUCUUGCUGCUCAAGAGGCUGAGCUGGCCGCUCGCCGCCUCGGUGACAUUGGGUCAAAGUUUCGCACUCUUUUUACAACUCCUUUUGCUUCAGCGCUUGCAUCCCUAAGUAGAAGUGCUAGUACGCCGACUACUAACAGCCCGAUUACAGGGAAGAAAGCCACGGAAAAGGCAUCAAGAAAACGCAAAGCAGAAACAACACCCGCAUCGUCGGCAUCACCGUCUGCAGAACCCGAUACAGCAAGGAAACGACCAAAGAUUGUUCCGAAGCCUUCCCCUCUCGCAGCAAGUCCAGAAUCUGUCCCUGCCUCGACUUCGACGCCAGCCAGCAGCGAACCACCCCUCCCACAGCCUCAACCUCAGCCACAGCCACAGACUGCUAGCACCAUCAAAAUCCCGCUCAAGUUGAAUGUCUCAAACGCGCCGCCAGCGACAUCCAAUACCCCAACCCCAGCUCCCACUACUCGGGCAGCCAGUGUUCAGCGCAACAGCGUGGCCCCCAAAACUGAGCAUACUCCGCCUGCUUCUUCACGCCCGCCUUCUCGUCGCUCGGCAGCUGCUUCUGUCGAACCUCAACCGCAAAUUCGGACAAGUAGCCGUGCGUCUAUGACGCCUUCACUUGCUGGUCAAAAGACCCCUGGUGUCGAGCCUAGUCCAAAAGCUACGGCGGCUAGUCGUCGCAGCAAGCGCGAUGCCCCGGGGACAGUGAUGCAGAGUAGCCAGGAUGGUGGAGCAGCUGUUAGUGUCAGCAAGCGCAAAACCAAGCCUCUUAAACAGCAGAAAACAACACCCAAGUCCACCGCUGCUGCCGGGGAUCAUUUGCCACAAAUACGCAUCGAUGUGGAUGGUCGUCAGGAACUCGUUGAUCCAGAAGAAGAGAGAUAUUGUUUGUGUGGAGAUGUGAGUUGGGGAGAGAUGAUUUGCUGUGAGCUAGACGAUAAGUGCGACUACGGGCAGUGGUUCCACAUGGAAUGCAUCCACUUGGUAGAGCUUCCACCCCGGACAGUUAAAUGGUACUGCCCUGGCGAUCGCAAAAAAUACCACAAGGGUGAAACUUCGAAUGGUCUGGUUGGACGAGGCAUCAAGUGA